CCCUGCAGCUCAUGCCAGCACCCAGGAAGAAGGAAGUUACCUCACCGGCUUUGGCAACUCAGGGCUUUUCUCUCUUGCUGCCGGGGCGUGAAGCCCAUAAAUAGCUGGCGGACGAGGCUGUGCCGGCAGAUCGCUCCAAGCACAGCUGGACACAUCUGCCCCUCGGCUUGUUCCUAGAAGCCAAGGAUCUAGGCCAGGACUGUGCUCCAGGACCUGACCCCUCCCCGAGACCCGGUCCUCCCGCUCCCUGAGACGAUGGCGAACAUCACCAUGGAUAACUUCUCGUGCUAUGAGGCAUCCAUCGUGGGGUACCGCUACGUGGCCGUGAGCUGGGGCGUGGUGGUCACCGUGGUGGGCACACUGGGCAACGUGCUGACCCUCCUGGCCUUUGCGGCCGACGCCAAGGUGCAGACCCGCUUUAACCUGCUCAUCGUCAACCUGACGCUGGCCGACCUGCUGUACUGUGCCGUGCUGCAGCCCUUCUCCGUGGACUCCUACCUGCACCUGCACUGGCGGGCCGGCCCCAGCUUCUGCCGUGUCUUUGGUAUGCUGCUCUUCGUCUCCAACUCAGUCUCCAUCCUGACGCUCUGCCUCAUCGCCGUCAGCCGCUACGUGCUCAUUGCCAACCCAGCCCUCUUCAACCGGGUCUUCUCGCGCCUGGGCGUGGGGCUCGUGGCCCUGGGCGCCUGGGUCCUCGGCUUCGCCAGCUUCGCCCCGCUCUGGCCCGUCUUCGUGCUGGUGCCCAAGGUCUGCACCUGCAGCUUCCACCGCAUCAGGGGCCGGCCCUACAGCACUAUCCUGAUGGCCUUCUACUUUGUGGUGGGCCUCAGCUGCGUGGGCAUCUUCUACUUCCUCAUCCACCGCAAGGUGAAGGGGGCGUCCCACGCCAUGGACCGCUACAAGCUGAAGAAGGCCAGCCUGAAGGGGGCUUAUGUCGCUGGGGCCAGCUUGGCCACUCCAGGCCAGUUUGUGGAGCUGGACAGCGGCGUGGACACGGGCGUCUCCCAGCCCUCCAGCAUCUCGGAGCAGGGCCACACCUCCAAGACGCUGGUCACGGAAAAUGGCCCAGCCCCAGCCCUCACCCCAGCCCCUGCCCCUGCCCCCGCCCCUGCCCCCGCCCCUGCCCCUGCUCCUGCCCCCGCAGCUCAAAAGCUCAAAAGCCUGCCCUCCCAGCCCAAGGACAGCAACAAGGAGUUCCGGAAGGUCACCCGCAUGUGCUUCGUGGUCUUCCUCUUCUUUGUCCUCAGCUACAUCCCCUUCCUCCUCCUCAACAUCUUCGAUGCCAAGAACCGGGCGCCCACAUGGUUGCACAUGGUGUCCGCCAACCUGACCUGGCUGAACAGCUGCAUCAACCCCGUGCUGUACGCCGCCAUGAACCGCCAGUUCCGCGAGGCCUACGCGCGUGUGAUCUCCACCAUCUCGCGCCGCCUCCGGUGCCUCUGAGGGCUGGGGUCGCAGGGGGGCAGGGCUGCCCCAGAUCAGAAAGCUGCCUUGGCGCUGCUCUGCCCCCCUGGGGGACCCCAUAUCCUGUCUUGCCCCAGGGGAGAACAUUGGACCCAAGCACAGACUCAUGCCAGAUGCAAGCUUUGCCCUGCCCCAGUGCCUCCUGCUGGUGGCAAGAGCACCGCCCUGUCUCUAGGAGGGUGGCAGGGGCAGGUUGGUGCUGAGCCCUGCCCCACAUGGGCCGCCAGUUAUGGGCUCUGCACUGCCUUUGCAGAGUGCUAGCGUGGACUGUCCCUUUACCCACCAUCCUUGGCCUGGUGAGGUGGUGGAGGCUGGCUGGGCCCUGCCUUCCCAGCUCUAUUUAUUGUCUGUUCCUGAUUUACACCUUGUCAUUUUUCUAUCACUACCUCAAUAAGCAGAUCCCUGUGUGUCUAGUAUUGGCUGCAUUGCCUGUUCCCAGCCAGUGAACAAGCCCUCCAUUGGCUGUGGGGUGGGGAGGCCUGGGGCCGGGGCCAACCAUAGG